AUGGCUUCCCUGGCAGAACUGUUGGUUAGGCUAACCGGGGUAUUAUUUGUGCCAUUCUCCUUGCCAAAAGGCUAUGCGCAGCGGACGUGGAUCCUGGUAAGCGGACACCAUUCUCUGCAGGACAAGACUGGCAUUACUUCUCAUGCCCGAAAUGCGGCCUUUUACAGAGUCGAGCAGCAUCUCGAUCCGUGCCUGAUACGCUCAUUCCGCCUCCUCUCCUCAAAACCCUCCGUGUCGGCCCAACGCGCCAACUGGCGCACAAGCAGAAAAAGAGGCGUAUUUCUCGAUAGUGUCUGGACUAGUUUGCUGAUUGCGGGAGGCCAUGGAUAG